AUCCACAAGAAAUGGAGAAAGCUUUGGAGGAAGGAAAAGAGAAAAAUUGGGAAAAGAUUUCAAGGCUAAGGAAGCCUUAUCUGGCAGCCUUGGGCGGACAGUGGGACGUCAUGAAAAGCUUCUUCGAUAAAAAUCGCGCGCAACUCUGUUCUCAGAUGACAGUAGAAGAGGACACUGCGUUUCAUAUUGCAGCAUACAGUGAAGAAAAGGAACUGCUUCAACAUUUGGUUAACUUACUACCAGCCACCUCUAGUUUGUUCGACGCCUUAAACAAGAAGAACCAACAUGGUAAUAAUACUUUGCACGAGGUGGCCGCGACUGACAGAGUUAAAACAGCAAAUUUCUUGGUUGAAAAACUCCAAGAGCCAUCUCAACUCUAUUCAGGCGAAGGCACACUAGAAGAUCUUCUCAAGGCUGAAAACAAUCUGGGUGAAACCCCGAUAUAUAGGGCCGUUGCCCUCGGUCAGACAAAAAUGGCCAACUAUUUGGCUACUAAAGUUGGGGAUUUAAGUUCUCACUUUCGAAGAAGAAAAGACAAAAUGUCCAUUCUCCAUAUUGCUGUCAUAGGCCAACACUUUGACGCCGCUAUAUGGCUACUGAGAAAGGACAGGGAACUUGCAAAAAAGGAGGAACAAAAUGGCCUGACAUGUCUUCACCUGCUAGCGAAAAUGCCACAUGUUUUCAGAAGUUAUUCGGAAUAUACCUACAUGGCCAAACUGAAGAAAUUCCUCUAUUAUUGCCUUCCUAGUCAGUUCGAGGAUGAUGACGUUUCUGAUGAUGGUAAUGAAGCUCAAAUACCGUCAAGUGAUCAAAUAAACACUUUCUUUGUAUUCCUUCAUUUGUAUGCUAUUAUGCUUCUAACCAAGUAUUUUAUUCAAAGUGCAGCAAUUUUAAUUAAAAGAUACAGAGCUAUGUGGAGGGCCAUAGCUAAAGGAUGGCCGGCUAUCGAUAAACUCUGGAAGAUGAAGAGAAUGCAUUCAUCAGCUUCAGAACUCACCGAGUUGCUAGUAGAGGCAGAUUAUACGUGGAAGGAUUUUUCUCACGAAUUAAAUAAUGAAGCCACUAUUUCCUUAGAGAAAGUAGACACCUCUGUUGACAAAGAUAGAGGCGAUUUCCUCUAUCUUUGUCAAAAGAUGUUUGACCUUGUUCGCGAACAAGGUCAAACAUCUGGUACAAAGGAAGUGGGCGGAGAAGGCACAUCCAAGGGACAACCCACUGAAAGAAAUCAUCAGAAAUCUUACCACCCAUUGCUUGAAGCAGCCAGCAAUGGCAUAGUAGAAAUAUUUGACAAGAUGACUGAAUCGUAUCCACAGGUAAUUGAGUACAUCAGUGACGAUGAGAAAAACAUAUUGCAUGUGGCCAUUGGCCACCGUCAGUGGGAUAUAUUUCAUCGGGUAAAGAAGAUGAAAGUGAUAAUGAAAUGUAGAUUGGCUUCACGGAUUGAUAAGAAUGGCAACACCCUAUUGCAUCAUGUUGCAGAAGGGAAGAGAUAUUAUGGGAGAGAGUCAAGAGAACAAGCUGCAGGUCCUGCUUUCCAAUUGCAAGAGGAAUUGAGUUGGCUUAAGCACGUGCGGAAUAUAAUUCCCUCCCAUUAUAUCAUUCACUGCAACAAUAAAGGUAAGACUGCAGACGAGUUAUUUCAAGAAACACAUGCUGGCCUCCUCGAGCUGGCGCAAAAGUGGAUAAAGGAGACCUCUCAAUCGUGCUCUGCAGUUUCUGUCCUUGUUGCCACUGUAGUUUUCGCUGCUGCCUACACCGUCCCUGGAGGUAACGAUGCUUCAGGCCGUCCUAAUUUCAUCGACUCUCCAUUCUUCGUCCUCUUCACCAUCAUGGAUGUUAUUUCCCUUGCGUGCUCCUUGACUUCUGUAGUCAUGUUCCUCUCCAUCCUCUCGUCUCCAUUUGAGUAUGAAAAUUUCAAGGCAUCUCUCCCUCGGAAGUUACUAAUAGGCUUCACAAUGCUCUUCUUCUCCGUGACAACGACCAUGCUUUCUUUUGCAGCAACUAUUUUUCUCCUCCUUCAUUUUCAAAAGAAAGCUUGGACUAAAACUCUGAUUUAUACUGCUGCAUUCCUUCCUGUCUCUAUGUUUGCGCUUAUGCAGUUCCCGUUGUAUGCUGCAUUCAACAAAUUAUUGCACACCCUUACCAAGAAAAUAAAGAAGAAGGUAUAUCCCGAAAAAUUCCUUCCUCCUUACUUGAGGACCAAGAAGCUCAAUAAACUCUCAUGAGAAUAGGCUUUUGGAUUUUGACUAUAAGGCGGUGUUCAUUUUGUUCCCAUCAUGCACCAAAUGUCAAAGGCCUGUUAUCAUAAUGUAUUGACAUUAAUCUAUAUGUAAUAAGACAACGAGAAGUUAGAUAUUUC